AUGGAACGCUUUGGCUUUUACACGUGGGAGACUCCAAGAAUCGGCUGCAGCGAGUUUGGAUACCUGUACGUUCAGCUGCCGGACGACGAGACUCCUCACACCAAACGGGUGGACGCGAGGGUGGCAUUCCACAAAGCAAGUCGCUACAAGGCGGAGCGAGAAUUUGACGCGUUCAAGGAGAUCUAUGAGAAGCUGAAUCCGUCUGGAUCGCUGUUGUAUUCGUCAGGCCCAGACAGUGAAAAGCCACUGGAAGCGGCAAAACCAAACGAAGCUUUCCUGGCUGGUGGUGGGGGUCGAGACCGAAGACGCUCCGUUGCAACACCCAACAGCCCUGUGGCGGCCCGGGCGAGAACGAACACGCAAAUCAAGUAUCAUCGCAUGGUUUAG